AUGUUCCUCGGCAAGUCGACUCCACUGUACGUAUUCGUUUAUUUAAUUAUUGUGAAUGUGUCAUUCAAGUAGAAGUAGCAGAAAAACAGAUUGCGUGAGAACUCAAAAACGACUUCAGAAAAUUUGAGAUUAAUACACAUAAAAAUCGGCUAAAUUCGUUGCUUCGAAAUUCGCAGACAUGUCGUCUGGAGGCGUAGGGACCUCGGCAACUGGCACAACAGCCAACGAUUUUUUUGGCUGGGAUUUACUAUACAAGACAAUUGAGAAAAAUGUCGAUAAAAAGUCGGAUGUGUUGAUAGCAUUAGCGCACUUCUUGCUUGUUAAACAAUAUAAGAUGCAAUGUCUUGGCGUUGGCGAGGAUAAAACUAUAUCCGAUGAAGAUGUGGGCUCUGAACUAUUGCCCGACGCCUGGAAUGAUAGAGGCAGAAGAUGUGCCCUGCGUUAUUUGCAUAAUGGCCGAUUGUAUCUUUUAAUAGGACAUAUUACAGAUGAUUUCAUUACAAUGAAUUUGCUUGAUGUUAAGGAUACAAAGGUGACCAACAUAACAUUAAAUCCACAGGAAUGGGUUAAACAGCUUAAGGGACCACUAAGCACAUUGAUGCCUGAUGCGUCGCUGAUAUCAGAUCGUUAUCGCAAAGAGUUGAUUGAUCCGGUGUUUACGGGUAAUACGAGAGAGGUAACUACGCAAACAAAUGUCAACCAAAAUUCACGUUCCCCAAACUUCCGAGAUCCAUUAGCGAUUGGCGGACCCAUGAGACCAAUGGGUUCUUUUCCAAUGGAGCCGCGUCCUUUUGGAUUUCCAGAUGUCGGACGCGGCGACUUAGAUCCCUUGGGUCGUGGCGGUCCUGGUAACCUUUUCCCCAUGCCUUCACGUCCCGAUAUUAAUACCGGUUUAAAUCCGCGUUUCGAUCCCGUUGGACCAGAUGGACGUAUUGUGCGAGCGGAUCCGAAUCCAGAUCAUCUACCACCACCAAAUUUUGGUUUUGAUUAUUAUAUGUAAAUAGUAGGGUACGCAAAACAUAAAUACCUACAUACAUAUAAUUCAAUUUUAUAAUCAUAAUGACUACGUUUUGGAUUGUUGGUUACUCGAUCGUUGGUUAACCAUUGAAAAGCAAAAUAUAAAAUAAAGACUUAUUUUAUCUUAAGUAUUGGCAAAGGAAACAGAAAAUGUGCCUUUUUAACGCUUCUUACUCAUGGACUCACUGAUAAAAUGAAUUAUUUUAACUUUAUCAGUUUUUGGUUGUUGCUUACGUGAAUGAGUCUUAACCAUCGAUUAAAUAACCAAACAUCAAUGUAGGCAAAAACAAAAGUUUGUAAUGGAAGUUUUUAUAAUGGUUUACUACAUAGUAUGUAAUAUCCGCAGGGCAGCGAAUUUGGUUAAGUCAUUGAAAUUUUGAAAUUGCAUUUGAGGUAAAUCAUUAAAAUUAUACAUACAUAUUUAUUAUUCAAUAAAAACUCAUAACUUGGUUUGAAACACA